AAUCAUAUUGUUUCUACCAAUCAAAAAAAUUACAGGGUCUGCACAGUCUCGUUAAGACUCAUAAGAAGGCAGGAUACAGAUGAAAGCCUUUUAAAUGCAAUGUCAUCUUCGAGAUAUCCACUCACAAAUGGCAUUGUAUUGGUUGCUUAAUAUCAACUAGAAUUGUUUUGUUUUUUUUAAAGUAAUGCUGUUCUGAUUCAAAUAUCUGUCAAAGUACUUCAAGUAUUUGCUAGUCCAAUGUCAUCUUCUGACUUCUAAAGUGACCCCUGUCUGCAGUGGUAGGGGAAAAGGGGGUGGGCAUUCAUUGAGCACUGUCUCAUUUGUAUGAAUGGUGGGCUGUACAGUUCAGUCGUAAAACUGUCAAACUAUUGAAAGCUGAAGUCACUUAAUGUUACGAGAGUCACUGGUUCUAUAACAGGCUGUUGUCUUCUUAGCAUUUACUUCCCAUGUGGUUUGAACCACUUAAUAAGUUGCUCAUCAUGGAUCUGUGAAUGAAAUGCUUACAGGCGGCAGCUCCUAGAUUCGUCCUGCUCUGAUGUCCAGCCUGCAGUUUGUUAAACUUGAUGAUCAACAAUAGGCUAGCAGAUACAGACAGUGGUGUGGUUGGACUGAUUGGAAAGUUUGCAGUGUUUUACAAUGACUCAUAUUUGAAUACACUUGAUUUCAUAAUGGAAAUUAUUUAUCAGUGUAGUUCAUUGCUAAAGCUGGGCUUGUAACAAAUGUUUAUUUUCAUGCUCAUCAUUAUCAUUAUCUUUUGAUUAAUUAGUCGAUUGAUCAGUUAAUCUGCAAAAUGUCAGAGGAAAAAAGGCCAGUUUAAUGGAGCCCAAGGUGAAAUGCUUAUAUUCCUAUUGGCAAUAUUGUACACUUUUACAGUCAUAUAAAAUAUAUAGAUAGAUAGUUAGAUACUUUAUGGAUCCCAAGGGAAAUUUAAUCAAGAGGAAAUCCUCACAUUGUAGAAGCUGGAACCAGUGAAUAUUUUUGUUUGGUAAGUGACUUUAGAGGUACAUUUGCUAGAAAUGAACCACAGAGUCCAGUUAAAUAGAAUUGGUUGUGACGAGAUGCAGAGGCGGCAUGUUGGCAGCAAUGUUAGCAUUACCAAAACAGUAUGUAAUGUGAACUCUUUGAGUAACUGUCAGAAGUAGGGGAUGGAAAGUUUGAUGUGUAACAAGUAUUUAGUGGUAUCCUCACGAUCUUCAAAGAGUGUGUCAUUAUGGACAAAAGAAAGUUCAAAGACCCCAUCAACACCCAAGACCGUCUGGCAGUACAUCUCAGAUUUGCAUAUCCACUUCCACUCCUUCCUCAUUUGCAUACAGCAAGAAUGGCGAGCGGGCAUCCCACAGACAAAUUCAGUUUCAUGUAUCAACCAGACACGCACAAGAGUAAGAACAGGUUAUCUUCAGCUAUGAAUCCGGUCUACAGCCCUGUUCAGCCUGGCACCCCAUAUGGAAACCCUAAGAACAUGGCCUUUACAGGCUAUCCAGGAGGGUAUCCUGCCACAGCUCCCACCUAUACACCCAACCUCUAUCAAACAGGCAGUCCCGGGUAUCCACCAGGAUAUACUUCAGCAGGCACUCCAUACAAAGUGCCUCCCACUCAGUCCAAUGGAGCACCUCCUCCCUACACCCCGACCCCCACCCCAUACCCAACAGCGAUGUACCCCAUCCGCAGUGCCUACCCUCAGCAGAACAUUUAUGCACAGGGAGCGUACUAUCCCCAGCCAGUAUAUGCGGCUCAGCCACAUGUGAUCCAUCACACCACUGUGGUACAGCCUAACAGCAUCCCGUCUACAGCCCUCUACCCUGCCCCCGUCCCUGUUCCUGCUCCUCGCAACAACGGUAUGGCUGCCAUGGGGAUGGUAGCCGGGACAACCAUGGCCAUGAGCGCAGGGACCCUGCUGACAACGCCCCAGCACCCCCAGAUCGGAGGACACCCAGUAACUGUGCCAACCUACAGGCCCCAAGGGACACCUGGGUACAGCUACGUACCGCCUCACUGGUAGAGCCCACCCGUCAUAUCUGGAGUCCACCAUCGUAUGCAACUGGUCAAAUCUUACACGGGCUCCCACUGGUAACCACAGGAACUCGGCACCUGUCUGCAAGAACAAAACUAAAGUGCAACAGCCACUUUACUAUUAUUGUUAUUGUUAUUAAGCGACAUUCUCUAACGUUUUUUCUGAAAGCUGCUUUUAUUUUUUUAUUUUUUUCUCUGUUCAUUUGCCAACCAGUCAUUACCUUAUUUUGAAUGGUUAUUUUUUUUCUUUUUAAUUAUUAUUAUUUUUUUUAUCUCCUCACUUGCUUUUGCUCUGUCUGUCAAUGGAACUCCAGAAGGACUCUUGACCAAUCAGGUGUCAGUUGCUCCUGUUUCUGUGUUGUGCUGGUGUGUGUGUGGUCCUUCCUGCUGCUGCUGCUCAGUUGGCUGGAAAAUAUUGGGCACUUAUUCCUCAUUAUCAUCUCUGUCAGUCACUACAAAGACUUAUUGACUUAUGCUGCCAAAUUUUCUAACAACUAGAUAUCAGCACAGGGUUUUAACAGAAUUAGGAUUUUAUUUUGUGUGGUUCUGUUGGGUUAUUUAAUUUUUUUAAUACUUAACCCCACUUUUUUCUGUUUUCCUACCUUUGAUCUUCCUUCCUUUUCAUCCUUUCUUUUUAUCCACUUUGUUUCAUUUUCGGUUUAAUCGCAGUCGUCUUCCAGCGUGUAGCUGUCUGUCCAGCAGUUGUCAAUCUGCCAUCCCUGUCGUUACGUCUCCAUGCGAGUGCUAUGUCGCUAUGAGCAGAGCACUUAAGUGACCGUUACCCAUCCUGCUGCGUGUCCCACUGUGUCCACAUUAGCAAAGUACACUAAGAAAACAAUGCCUACUUAAUGCUACAUACUAUGCAGGCUGGUAUGUUGUGGCACUGUUGAAAUUUUAAUCACAGCAUAUGUGCAACAUAUUUAGAAUAACCAUAUAAUAACCACCAAAAAAUGGGUGGUCGUGGGCACGUUCUCAUGCACACAAGCAUGCACACGCACAGUGGCUCCAGUGGUGUGUUGGAAAACACGCAGUCACUUAGUGGCACUUACUGUAUAAUACCUCCAGUCAAGUUGUUACUGAUGAACAAACACACACAACAUGGACUUCUACAUGAGGCGAGCGGGAUGACAAAGGGAGAACAGACAGCAAGGAGGGAAGGAAGAAUGGGGUCACAGUUGGUCAUUUCAUUUCAAGGUACAAUACAUUUGAGUUUGUGACAGUUCACCUGCAAGAGACUGCACAAACACACUGCUAUUUUUGCUCUACAUGUAUUGUGCAUUGAUUCUUCUCACUAUGAUUCCAUCGUCUCCUCCUCCUCCUUCCUUCUUCCAUGCGAGGACUUCUAACCAAACACUAGACAGAUAGAAACCCAGACUCUUGAGUAUAUGCUUAAUAAAGGACCAGCCAUUACAAUACAUUUUCUGAUUGACAGACAGGAUUCAGUCCACUUGUCCAUUCCACAGUGCCAUGAGUGCUGAAAAGACCAAACCAAUGACAUGGAUGGGUCUGCACCAUAUUGACAGAUUGGGUCCGGUCAGCUGUAUUGUUGUGGACAUCUGGCCCAUGUCGUUGGGAUGAUUUGUUAUUCUCAGAAUUUGGGUCCAAGUUUUUUCACUGUGUGGGUAUUCCCAUGUGAAUCUCAAGAGAAAAAUGAGGGUACUGUCAUCCAAAAAGUGCUGGUUUCAACAUUCAUGGCUAUAAAGAUUAUUAACAAAUAUUCGCAAGACUACAGAGCUGUGAUAAUGCAGUGUCACUCGGUUUUAAACUGGUUCAGUCCAGCUUAGCCUUCAGGAGCAAAUGGGAGGCUUUUUUGGACUUUUAGUAUUUUUUUAUGAAAAGUUCGCUUGUGCUCCUUUUCUUUUUUCUUUUUUGCAAAAGUUGGAGAUUCACACAUAUCUGCAUUUAAACAUUAAUCUCAACUAUUAAAUAUUCAGCAUAAAGUUUGAUUUCAUGAAAAUUGUCAUUUGCUGAGGAUAAUAUUUGAGCCAAUGAGACGAGGACCAUAUAUAGCCAUUUUCUGUUUGCCUUUUUAUGCUUCUACAUGUAAAGGCAUUUCUGUUCAUAGAAAGGUAUUGAUCACCUGUCUGAAUCAAACACUACGAACACACGGAGUGGUGGUGGUGGUGGAAUUUAAUAUGUAGGUGAGGCCUGUGGUAUUUUUCAGGAUUUAAAAAAAACAUAAAAAAAAAACAAAAAAAAAGGAGACUCAAACAACAACUUCAUGAUCUGCAGAGUACAGAUUGGUAUAACAAAAAGCAUUUACUGUGCGGGUAUGUAGAUGAAGUGGUUUGAUAAUGCAAUAAAAUAAGAGGGAAUGCCUCCAGCUGUUAACUUACAGUAAUUAUUUUAUCAGCGUUUUGAAUUGAUUUUUUUUUUUGUUUGUUUUUUUGUUUAAAUAUGCUUAGUUGUAAUCUCUAAAUGUGGAUUACAGGCUCUGUAUGCAGCAACCAUUUAAUAUUAAUUACUGCUAAGAAGAGUAGAACAUAUCAAGAAUUUGGGUAUUGAAUAACUUUGUGAGGAAAUAUUGCACAAUAUAAAACAAGAAAAAAACUUGACUAUAAUACGAAGUAACAGGUACCUAGGCUUUGUAGUGCAGGAGGGAGGGAGAAGCAAUUUAUAUUGUAAUUAAAAAUAAAACAAUAAGGUUGAGUGUUUGAGGUAUUCUUAGUCCAGAUGUUUGUACACGAGUAGGUUAAUUCUCAAGAAAAUAUUACAAAAUGCUGCUGUCGGAUGAAAAUCGUCUAUCUUCGAGCCUUAUUUUUAAAGCGACCCUCGUUUAAAAGAUCUAAAGUGGAUUUUAGUCGGCAUGAGUGUAUUAACAUGUUCCCACCAUGUAAGGAUCUUAUAUGUUUUUAAUUCAAGCCAGUAAACCUGAAAAGAUAAAGGAAGUGGAUUUUCUUGCGACAGCAGUAAUAUUAUUCGUAUUAGGAUUUAUUUAAACAACCACUACUUCUGUCAGUAUUUCUCAUUUAAACUUUUUUUUUUUCCUUUGUUCCCUCUGGUCAGUUAAGCAUAAUAAGUAUGCAUAAUAUUCAGGUGUAUUUCACUAUAGCAUUGGAUCUCUAAGUUUAAAAAAAAAUGCAGUAUAUUUAUACAGCAAGUGGUACAGUAAUGUAUUUCUAGUUAAGCAUGGUUGCAUCAGUGUGGCAGCUACUGUUGUGCUUUUAAUAUAUAUAUAUUUUGUUUUACCUCCUCUGCAUCUCUGUCCUCUACUUAUCUGGCACUGAGGGGUGGGGGGGAGUUAAGACAAGGUCUAGUAAAUAAACUUCAGGACUUGGGGAAAUUCUCGUCAUCAAAUACCCACUUUUUAUAAAUACACCGGGAUUUACAGACCUUGAGGAAACAGAGGACGGAGUCAUGACAGAACCAAAAUGGUUAGCGUUAGCAAAGGGUUACCAAGAUGCUUUUGGAUCUUUCUGUUGUGUCUUGUGGGCGCAAAGAUCUAUUGAAUGAUGUCUUGAAAACCCUCAGCCUCCAUUUGUCCUGUGCCAUAUUUCACCAACAGUCGUUCAGUAAAUAUUAGUUUCUUCUCUUAAGUAACCGGUGAAUUCUGAGUCCUUGUUACGUCUAGCUUCCUGUGAAUCUGUGUUUUCCUAUUGCUGUCCUUUUUCUCACACUGUUGUUAAUGCUUAUUGCCUGUCUCCCCUUUUAUCUUUAUUACUGUAUCCUCUGUGUUGCUCCUGUUUUCACUUUGUGCCACAAAUUCCCUCAGAGGCCAUUUUGCAUCUCUCCAACCAAUCAAACAUUUAGUUUUGUCACGUUCGAGGAUGCAAAACGAUGCAGAUGUUCAGCCUCCUCCCACAUUCACUUUUGCCAUUUCUUUUAACCCUUUGCUCUCACAGCCUUUAUGUGCUUUCAGACCUUUGCAAACCUCUCCACCCUGUCUCAGUAGCGGUCAUAUUGAAGUAUGGGAUAAAUUGGUGUCACUAAUUGUGAUUAUCUAUUGUAUUUUUCUUUUUUUCUUUUUUUUUUUGCCAUUUGUUAAAUCUCCACUAGAUGUCGCCACUGACAAAGUGUGGAUGUUGCAUCACACAUCACCGUGGUUCAAGGUUUUGAGCCCACUAAUUGGUGUCGUUUAAUACUGGAUGUCACAUUUUUAGCACUAAGAUUUUCUUUUCUUUUUUUUCUUUUUUUUCCAGGGGUAUCUUUCCCAAAUUAAUGUCUCUUCAGAAAUGCCAAUUCAGACAACAAACUAAAACUCUCAAAAAAAGGUUUUAUUCAUUGCUCUUAGAGGAGGAGUUGAUCAUUUUAUGUCAAAAAAAAAUAAGAGUUUUUAACAUGAAGGCUCACUAGAGCAGCAGACACACAGAUCACAGUGAGUUUUUCAGCGUGGUCAAACUGCUUCCUCAUUUUACUUCAUUCCUUGCCUCAUUUCUUUCAAUUUGCACUUAAGUGAAAAUGGACAGUUGAACACUUUGAUGUGUUUGGGAGGGGAGAGGAGGGGAGGGGGGAGGAGCUGUGCAGAGUUGUCUUAAUCAUGAAUCUUUUAUCAUCUUUUUAUUACCCAUCAUUCUGUCCUCAGUGACGUUUCCAAAUGUUGAAAGCUGGUAACUUUAAUUAGGAUUGCUCUGUUCUUUUUCCCCCCCCACACUAUUUGCUGAAUAUCUCUCUUCUUCUUCCAUCUUCCCUCUCCCACUCUCUCUCUCUCUCUCUUUUCUUUAUUUGCCUUGCAGUUGCUAAGUCUUAGUUUUUUUCACGACUAUAAAUUAAAACACUACUAUCACAGUGAGUAGUAGGCUCUUAAAUGUCUUCGAUGUUCUGCUGCAGCUUUUUAAUUUCAAUAUGUCAGAGAGAUCUCUUAGUUUAAUUUGACUAAAUGUGAUGCAAAAAGUGGAAAUUCCUUGUCUUCCAAAAGAAAAAAAAAAGCAUACUUGUAUCCCCAUUGGAUCGAGUAUUAGGAACAACCCCAUCUUUGGAAGUUUUAGUUUGGUACCCAGUUUGCACAUGCUAUGGUAUAUCUGUUACCGUAAAGGUUGUGUUUGAAACAGAAGCCCAACGUCUGUUAAGCGUUGAGAGAAGUGAAUUGUAUGUUAGAUAUUUGGUCCAGAGUAAAGGACCAGCGUCAGGCUUGUGAUAUGAAGUGUAAAUCUGUUUUUAAUUUUGUUAAUUUGGGUUUUUUUUGUUUUUCUUUAUUUCUUUUCUUUUUUUUUUUUUUUUGUUUACUUUUUUUGAGUUUGUUUGUUUAUUUUUUUUAAAGAUCAGUUAGUGAUCUUAGUACUAUAACUAAGCCAAGUUUGUAAUUGUAUAUUUACUGUAAAAUGUAGAACAUUGAAUAACUAUUAAAAUUUUCCUAUAAAAGGAA